CCUGCUGUGAUCUUGACAGGAAACAUGCCACAGAGCCACAGUGCAGAGGUGAGACUUACUAAUGACGUCUCUGGAGCACAAUGUCAUGGUGUUCCUAGCAGUUUUUAUGAAGUGAACUGUACAUUCUGUCUGUCAUGGCUGUUGAGACCUUACCAAGAACGUAAAAGGAAACAGAAAUCAGCAGUGGAGUAUCUGUGCACACCUAGAUCGUCCCAGCCUGGUCCUAGUCUUGGGAGAGUGAUGCCGCUUCCCGACACCUUAUUCUGCGCGCAGCAGAUCCACAUCCCACCGGAACUGCCCGACAUCCUGAAGCAGUUCACCAAGGCAGCGAUCCGCACCCAGCCCGCCGACGUGCUGCAGUGGGCCGCGGGGUAUUUCUCAGCGUUGUCAAGAGGAGAUCCACUUCCUGUAAAGGACAGAAUUGAAAUGCCCGUGGCCACUCAGAAAACAGAUACUGGCCUGACUCAAGGAAUGCUCAAAGUGCUGCACAAGCAGUGUAGCCACAAGCAAUACGUGGAAUUAGUCGACCUUGAACAGAAAUGGAGAAGUUUGUGCCUGCCAAUGGAAAAAUUCAGAGCUCUCUUACAAUUGGAUCCUUGUGAAUACAGAAUCGAGUGGAUAAAAUUUUUAGCACUUGGAUGUAGCAUGCUUGGUGGGAGACCUCAUCUGCCUGCUCCCUGCUGGGCUCCCGCACUUGGCGGCAGGACCUCCUUCCACUUGUGUUGGAUAUAAAGGGAAAGUCCAAUGUAGCACCAUGUCUUCGCAGAGUUUCAAGCAAGAAACACGUACUGCUAAACACACAGCUUCGGUUUCCCAGGUCCUCUCAGGAGUGCAGGGAAAAGUGACCCUUCCGAUGCUGCAUCGUGACACCGCCCUUCACCAGUGCUCCAGCGCCGGCCAGUGUGGGAGCUGGCUUCCCAGAUGCCCCGAGCCCCAGCUGCCAGCCCCCGGGAGCCCGCAUGCUCAGGCCUCCACCUCCAGCCCAGAGCCUGGAAUCCCGGGCGUGUGGCAGGCGUCUGCUCCUGCCUGAGCCAGCCCGGCUGCAGGCGCGGUGGAAUGUGCUGGUCAGCAUGCCUGCAGCUGGUCCCAGCUGCUCACCUGGGGCAGAUGACAGCCUCUGGGCCCCGCUGUCCUCAUCUCACCCGUGAGGGCGAGGAGGAAAGGAGAUGCCCAUCAGGCUCUCAGAUGGUUCGUUCUGCGCUGGGAGCUCACUGCUGUCCCGCUGCCUCCCUCUCCCCCUGCCAGAAGCACUGGUGAUUUUUCUCGUAUGUUCACUGCGAGGACCGGGUCGAGCUCCUGGAGCCGUGGAGAAAGAAGCUGCCGUGGGUGAGAGGGCCAGUGUCCAGGCCCGGCAGGCGGCCGGCCAGAGGGAGGCCGUCAGUCUCACAGCAGCAAGGAGAUGAGUCUGCCAGCAGCCUGUUGCCUGUCGCAGAGGAGCAGCUAAGCUCUGCACUCCUGACCCACAGAAACUGCCAGAUAAUGUGUGUUGUUAAAAAACCCCACACCAAACAAACAAAAAACCCCUGGUUCUGCCCUCUUCAUGCCCCGAGGACGUCAGAGUGCUAUCCCCACAGUGUCACUGUUGAGGUCAAGCAGGCCUGUGGCUUCCCCUCCACCUGCAGCUCCCCCGGGACCGCCCCCUGUGCUGCCCUUUUCUCCUGAGGGCAGCCCAGGUUCUUCCCGCAGGAGCUUCCCUGGGAGGAAGGCCCUGAUGGGCAGUGUUUGCCCCUGACUGUGGUGUAACUGCUCCCACCACAGCUGAUUUCAGCCUACCAGCACGAUCAGCUGUCUCACAAGUUCCUGGGAGGGUAGCAGCCAGGUCAGGAGCCGCUCCGUACCCUGCUGCACGCAGGCCUUGGGCCCUGCCACCUCCAAGGUGCUCUUGUGGAGUCACCAGGGGGCUGACAGUUUCUAGCACGAAAACAGCCCUAGUCUUUGACACAGGCGAUGGCUCCCCCACCCUGAAUGCAUCUCCUCCUGCCCUCAUGGCUUGAAGGGGAGAGUGGGAUGAGUCACAGCUCUGGCAGCUUAGUGGUGUGGGGGAAGGCUUCCCAGAAGAUGGGCAUUUGGGCUGAAAGUUGAGGAUGUCGGCCAGGGUGGGGUAAGGGUGACUGAUAAGGGCAGAGGGAGGGAGCAUGAGCGGGAGGAAGGCAGGUGCUUUGCAGAACUGAGACAAGGCCCAGAGCAAGGGCGGGCCCUGCACGGAGCCCAGGGGCAGGUGGGCAUCAGCAGGACCCUGCCCGCCCCUCCACAGGUGGCACCUCCAGUUGGUAACAGUUUGCUUUGUCCCUAGGUAUGUCCAGGGGCCAGAAGGGCUGGAGGGUUCGGCGUUGGCUUAGGGGGUGUGUCUUUAAGGAGACUGAUGCUUCCUCGUCUUCAAAAGUCAUUCGAAUUUUAAUAUAAAAUCUGUGGAUUAAAACUUUUUUUCAGACCAAUUGCAUCCUGAUGAGACCUUUCCUUUUUAUUUCUUUAUGUCACAUAUACAUUCACCUAGUUCUUAAUUUAGAUAAGAACAUAGUGUACUUUCAGGAGAAUUUCUGUAAAAUGUGAUUGUCUAUUCCAGUUUUAGCAAAUGCAGUAAUUGUCUCCCCCCCCCCCCCCCCCCCCCCGCCCC